AUGACACACCUUAGCAUUCUAUUUUCCACCUUAGUAGUAAGAGCAUAGAAGAGAGGUUGAAAUGAAGGUAGCUCCCAUCGUGGUUUUCUUGUUCAGAGACACAGAGGGUUUCGCCUCCGCCAUCUCACAAGCUCUCCAUGCCAACCCUUCCUCCUCCUUCACCCGCCAAGAGGACUUCUUCGAGCUCUCAUUGGAGGCUUAUGGAAUCAAACAUCUCAAAACAUCUGGGAGCGUUUCUCACUUCGUUGAUGAUCACGGUGCUUACAAGGUGACAAUUGUGGCUAUGGAGCAUUAUGAGCCACCAGUACUAGCUUGUGCUCUUAAUGAGGUUCUUAAUAAAAUUACUGAAGAUAAAUCUUCCUUGAUACCUACACUUUUGGUACCAUUUUUGGUGGAAUCAUCCAAGGUUAAAGGGCACAGUAAAUCCCUAAGAUCAGAUGAAAGCAAACCUUUAAUAUUUGGUACAAAGAUUGGUCAAAAUACAGACAUAAUGCAGGCCUUACUCAACAAAACCCAGGAGCCACCAUCUUCUUUGGGGGUUCAACAUGAAACUUUUGCAUGUUUUCUUCACUUUGUUCAUGUAAUGCAGUUACCAACCUUUUUUCUAAUUGGACAAGCUAGUCAAUAUUUGGACAAUAAAUCCACCAAGCAGCAUGAGAUACUUCAUGCAAUAGGUGAGAUUUUGGCUAGCACUACAGGUCUGCAGUUUUCAGAAGAUAGAGUGGUCUGGAAUCCGAAAAAGGCAUCAGGGGAAAGCAAGGAGCCAUGGCGUGCAUUAUACGGUUGAAUCAUGGGUUACGUGCAAACAUGGAACCAGUGUUUUCAUGGGUCUGGUUCUCAGAACCAUUGUUUUUUCUGUAAUAACUGUCCUUAAACAUUAUUAUAAAUUACCUCCCCCCUGCCCCCUCUCCUAAGUAUCUUAGUUGUGUAAUGUAUGUGUCAAUGGGAUGAAUGUGCCAUAGCAGGUAGCUUCAUGUUCUUGGUGUACAUGUGGGUUUAUUUUCAUUCACCUGUCCAAAAGGUUAGCUGAAUAUGUUUAACUGUUUAUGCUAUGCAUCACAUUGUAUACUCACUGUGUUACUUUGAUACUGUUACUGCUUUUGAAGGGAGAUAAAGAUGAGGAGCAUGAGGUUUUAAA